UCGUUUCACAUUUAAUUUGAUGAUCGGACGAAUUAUUAUUCUGGGUGGGAGAGAGAGAGGGAGUCCAACUACUUACUUUAUUGCUACAUCUUUUCGCCCUCAUCUGAGUUGAAGCCAGCAGAAGCAAGUAGAGAUCUGGGAGAGCUUGAAGGGGGAAGGUCGAGAUGAGUCUGCGCGACGCGGUGAUCCGGCGUCCCGCCGUGGUUGCGCUGCUCCUGUGUAAUAUGCUGUUGGCGCCGGGGGUGACCGCGGUGUGGCUGAACCUGCCGGCUUCGGGCACCAAGUGCGUCUCGGAGGAGAUACAACCCAACGUGGUGGUGCUCGCCGACUAUGCCGUCGUCCAUGAGGGCGAGGCCGACGGCCUCCCCAUCAUCUCCGCCAAGGUUACAUCACCUUAUGGAAACACACUUCACCACAAAGAGCAUGUUACAGCAGGUCAGUUUGCAUUCACAACUACUGAAGCCGGCAACUACUUGGCAUGUUUCUGGAUAGAUAGUGGUGAUAAAGGUGUUGGAGCCAGUGUUAGCCUUGACUGGAAGAUUGGAAUUGCAGCGAAGGACUGGGAUUCUGUUGCCAAAAAAGAUAAGAUUGAGGGCGUUGAGCUAGAGUUGACAAAAUUAGAAGCAGCUGUGCAAGCAAUCCAUGCAAACCUGCUUUAUCUUAAGUCCAGGGAGGCAGAGAUGAGGGAAGUAAGCGAGAGGACGAAUGCAAGGGUUGCAUGGUUUAGUAUUAUGUCCCUUGGUGUAUGCAUUGUGGUUUCCAUGUUGCAGUUGUGGCACCUGAAGGGUUACUUUCAAAAGAAGAAACUUAUCUAGUUUGUAUAUAUGAUAAUGUAGUCUAGUGUGCAAUACUAUAGAGAAACCGAGAGACUCCAAAGAAUGCUGUCUAUUUUGGUUUAGGAUUGGCAGAGAAUAGUGAUAAAUGUUUGAUGACAGCAUUAAAUGUAACAUGAGGGUGUCUAAAUGGUAAAAAAUGAAUCGAAGGGCAUAUGAAUGAUUAAUCGUUGUUGUUCGAAUUACUCUUAAUUUAUUAUACUGAGAUAAA